GGCCAGGCAUUCAGAGCAGGGAUGGAAGCCAGGGAAGUGGAGCCAGCCCAACUCCUCCUGAAGAGAGAUGGGUUCAUUCCCCAUGGUUUAAUGAUUCCCUCCCCAUGACUACAGCAACAGGCAGAAGGGACCUGGCUUGAUGGCUGCAUCUCCAGCUGGUGGUCAGGCUCGGCGAAGGGGAAGGGAGGACGCCCAUAGGGUCAAGACACAAAGAUAGCUCUGUGCUGCAGCAAAAUCUGACUACCUCCGUCUACUCCUGCUGGUGGGUCCCUUUCUCUGUAACCAAAGUAGGAGCCACUGUGGACACCAGCACGGAACAUGGCAUCAGACAAUGACUUUGAUCACUUGGACAUUCAGCAGCAGUACAGCCGCAUCAACACUCGCUGGGAGGCCUCUGAUGAUGAGCUGGACAAUGACAACAGCUCUGCCCGGCUCUUUGAGAGGUCCCGGAUCAAAGCCCUGGCAGAUGAGCGGGAAGCUGUACAAAAGAAAACCUUCACAAAAUGGGUGAACUCGCACCUGGCUCGCAUGACAUGCCGCAUUUCUGAUCUCUACAUGGACCUCCGAGAUGGGCGGAUGCUGAUCAAGCUCUUGGAAGUGCUCUCAGGAGAAUUGCUGCCCAAGCCUACCAAGGGGAGGAUGCGCAUUCACUGCCUGGAGAAUGUGGACAAAGCCCUGCAGUUCCUUAAGGAGCAGCGCGUGCACCUGGAGAACAUGGGUUCCCACGACAUCGUUGACGGCAAUCACCGCCUGGUCCUGGGCCUCAUCUGGACCAUUAUCCUCCGCUUCCAGAUCCAAGACAUUAUUGUCCAGACUCAGGAAGGCCGUGAGACACGCUCUGCCAAGGAUGCAUUGCUGUUGUGGUGCCAAAUGAAGACUGCAGGCUACCCUCAUGUUAAUGUGACCAAUUUCACCUCCAGCUGGAAGGAUGGCCUAGCAUUCAAUGCCCUUAUACACAAGCACAGACCUGAGCUCAUAGACUUUGAGAACCUGAGGCAUUCAAACGCCCGGCACAACUUGGAGCAUGCAUUCAGUGUGGCAGAACGGCAUCUGGGCGUCACCCCUCUUCUUGACCCAGAAGAUGUUUUCACAGAGAACCCAGAUGAGAAAUCCAUCAUCACCUAUGUGGUGGCCUUUUACCACUACUUCUCCAAAAUGAAAGUCUUAGCAGUGGAAGGGAGACGGCUUGGCAAGGUGAUUGAGCAUGCAAUAGAGACAGAGAGGAUGAUUGAUCGGUACAGUAGGCUGGCCUCUGACCUACUCGCUUGGAUUGAGCAAACUAUCGUGGUCCUCAACAGCCGCAAUUUUUCCAAUUCACUGGCUGGCGUGCAGCAGCAGCUUCAGUCCUUCAGUACCUACCGCACUGUGGAGAAACCCCCAAAGUUCCAGGAAAAGGGGAAUCUGGAAGUUCUGCUGUUCACCAUCCAAUCCCGAGUGCGAGCCAACAAUCAAAGAGUAUUCACUCCAAAUGAAGGCAGGCUUGUGUCUGACAUCAACAGGGCAUGGGAGCAACUGGAGAAGGCAGAGCAUGAGCGAGAGCUGGCCCUGAGGAAUGAGCUCAUCCGGCAGGAGAAGCUGGAGCAAUUGGCCAGGCGCUUUGACCGCAAGGCAGCCAUGCGGGAGACCUGGCUAAGCGAGAACCAGCGCUUGGUUGCCCAGGAUAAUUUUGGCCAAGACUUCCCAGCAGUGGAAGCAGCCAAGAAGAAACAUGAAGCCAUUGAGACAGACACAGCUGCUUACAAGGAGCGUGUGCAGGCCAUUGAGGAGGUGGCGGCAGAACUGGCAGCAGAGAAUUACUAUGAUAUCAAACGCAUCAAUGCCAGGAAGGACAAUAUCCUACAACUCUGGGAGCAUCUGCUGGAGCUGCUACGUGCCCGGCGCCAGCGCCUAGAGAUGAACCUCACUCUCCAGGAGGUCUUCCAAGAGAUGCUGCAUAGCAUUGGCUGGAUGGAUGAGAUGAAGGUGCAUCUCUUGUCCCCUGAGUUUGGAAAGCACUUGCUGGAAGUGGAAGACCUGCUGCAGAAGCACAAGCUGAUAGAGGCUGACAUAGCCAUCCAAGCAGAGAAGGUGCACACCAUCUGUGCAGCUGCCCUUCAGUUUGCUGACAGUAGUGGGUAUCAGCCUUGUGACCCCAAGAUCAUCCAGGAUCGUGUCAGCCACCUGAAGCUCUGUCUUCAGGAACUGGUGGCACUGGCUGCCCAGAGGAAGACUCACUUGGAGCAGUCCAAGCGCUUGUGGAAAUGCUUCUGGGAGCUGGAUGAGGCAGAGAGCUGGAUCAAGGAGAAGGAGCAGAUUUAUUCCUCCCUGGAUUAUGGAAAGGACCUGAUCAGCACCCUCAACCUGCAGAGGAAGCACAAGGCCUUUGAGGAUGAGUUGCGGGGCUUGGAUGCCCGCCUGCAACAAACUAUCCAGGAGGGAGAGAGCAUGAUGGCCCAGAAACAUUUUGACACUGCCAGGAUUGGAGGCAGGAUCAGGGAGGUGAAGGCCCUGUGGGCUCAGCUCCAGGAGUUGGCAGCUUUCCGCCAGAAGAACCUGCAGGAUGCUGAGAGCUUCUUCCAGUUCCAGGUGGAUGCGGAUGACCUGAACGCUUGGUUGGAGGAUGCCUAUCGCCUGGUGUCCAGUGAUGAGGUGGGGCAUGAUGAGUACUCCACCCAGGCCUUAGUGAAGAAUCACCGGGACCUCAUGGAUGAGGUGAAGAACAACGAAAAGGUCAUGGAUAAUCUGACCGAGCAAGCCCAGAGAUUCCCGGCUGAGCUGCGUGGUGCCCCAGAGUUUGAGGACCGGCUAAAGGCCAUCCAGGUGCUCUAUGCAGAGGUGGUGUCCCUGGCCGAUGUACGGAGGCAAAAGCUGCAGGAUGCACUAGAUCUGUACACGGUAUUCAGCGAGACAGAUGCCUGUGAACUCUGGAUGAGUGAGAAGGAUAAGUGGCUGGAGAAGAUGGAAAUCCCAGACACAAUGGAAGACCUCAAUGUAGUGCAGCACAGGUUUGUCAUCCUGGAGCAGGAGAUGAGCGCGCUUGCCUCCCAGAUUGAUGGGGUCAACCAGGCAGCCAGCAACCUGAUUGAGAGCGGGCACCCGCACAGUGCCCAUAUCAGGCAGUGCCAGGACCACCUCAAUAUAAGUUGGUGUGACUUCCAGGAGAUGGUGGCUCAGAGGCAGAAGGCUGUGGACUCAGCACUAAGGCUGAAAAACUAUUGCCUGGACUGUGAAGAGACCUGGAAGUGGAUACUGGGGAAGACAAAGGUGAUUGAGUCCACCCAGGACAUGAGCAAGGACCUGGCAGGCAUGCUUGCCAUCCAGAGGAAGCUGUAUGGUAUUGAGCGGGACUUGGCUGCCAUCCAGAGCCGUUUGGGAACACUGGAUCAGGAGGCCUGCCGCCUGGCAGAGGAGCACCCCGAUCUGGCCAGAGACAUCUAUGAGCGGCAGGCAGUCGUCAUGGCUGCCUGGCAGGACCUGCAGAAGACAUUGCAGAGCCAGGAGGCCUCACUUGGAGAGGCCAGCAAGUUGCAGAAGUUUCUGCAGGACCUAGAUGACUUUCAGGCAUGGCUGUUCAAGGCACAGAAAGCUGUAGCCUCUGAGGAGGUGCCCAGCUCCCUUGGGGAGGCAGAGCAGCUGCUCCAGAAGCACAUGGCCAUCAAGGAGGAGAUUGACCAGCACAAGGAUGUCUACCACAAUGUCAAAGAGAUGGGGGACAGGGUCACGCAGGGGAAGACAGAUCUGGAGUACCAGCAGCUGCAGCAGCGGCUUGAGGGCAUGGACACAGGCUGGAGCGCCCUAUGCAGGAUGUGGGACAGCAGAAUGAAGUUCCUCUCACAGUGCCGGGGCUUUCAGGAUUUCCUCAAGAAUGCAAAACAAGCAGAAGUUAUUGUUGGUAAACAGGAGUACACGCUGGCUCACAUCGAGCCCCCAAAUACCUUAGAAGCAUCAGAAGCUGCUAUCCGGAAGUAUGAGGAUUUCUUGACCAGCAUGGAAAGCAACGAGGAGAAGAUAACAGGGUUGGUGGAGAGUGGGAAGACUCUGAUGGCUGAAGGGAACAUUUACUCUGACAAAAUUGAUGAGAAGUGCCAGCAGAUUCAGGAAAGGUACAGGACAAAUGUGGCUAAAUCUCAGGAAGCAUCUGUUUUGCUGCGGGACAAUCAUGCUUUGCAGAGCUUCUUACAGAACUGUCAUGAGCUAACCAUCUGGAUCGAAGAGAAGCUGCUGACAGCCCAGGACAAGUCCUAUGAUGAAGCGCGGAAUCUGCACACCAAGUGGCUGAAGCAUCAGGCCUUCAUGGCAGAACUGGCAUCUCACCAUGGCUGGCUGGAGAAGGUUGAUAAGGAGGGACAGCAGUUGGCCCAGCAGAAGCCCCAGUACAGCACCAUUGUAUCCCAACGGCUGAUGGAGCUGCACCAGCUAUGGGACAAAUUGCAGUCGACCACAGCAGAGAAGGCCCAGCACCUCUUUGAAGCCAACCGCUCAGACCUGUAUGCACAGAGUUAUGCUGACCUAGAGAUGUGGAUCAAUGAGACGGAGCAGCAGCUGCAGGCAGAUGACCAGGCGAAGGACCUGGCCAGCACCAACAUCAUGAUAAAGAAGCUUACGAGACUUGAUGAGCAAGUAAAUGAGCGGCAGAAAGAGUUGAAAGAACUGCUGUCGCAGGCCCCUCCCCUCAGAGGGGAUAUGCCUGAAGUGGAUGGCCAGCAGCGCAGCAUUGAGAGGAGGUUCCUGGACCUGCUGGAGCCCUUGGAGAAGAAGAGGAAGGCGCUAAUGUCUUCCAAAACCAAGUACCAGCUCAACCGGGACCUAGAGGAUGAAACGCUCUGGGUACAGGAGAGGCUCCCCCUGGCAAAAUCCACUGACCAUGGCACCAACCUGCAGACCGUGCAACUCCUUAUGAAGAAGAAUCAGACCCUGGCAAAGGAGAUCAUGGGCCACGCCCCGCGGAUUGAGGAUGUUCUCUGCCAAGGCGAGAAUAUGGUGGCAGACACUGUUGGGGACUGCAGUGACAUUGAAGAGCGGGUGCAUGUGCUGCGGGAGCUGUGGGCCAGUCUGCAGGAAGAAACAAGGAACAGGCAGAAGCGUUUGCAGGAGUCCAGUGAGGCCCAGCAGUACUACCUUGACGCUGGUGAAGCUGAGGCCUGGAUUAGUGAACAGGAGCUCUACAUGAUUGCUGAUGAAAAUCUGAAGGAUGAAGAGAAUGAGCAGGUGAUGCUGAAAAGGCACCUCUGCCGGCAGCGCUCCAUUGAGGACUAUGGCACAAACAUCAAGCAGCUGGCUGGCAGGGCCCAGGAGCUGCUUUCCACUGGCCACCCGGAGGGGGAGCAGAUCAUCCGGCUUCAGGGGCAGGUGGACAAGCAAUAUGCGGGGCUGAAGGAGGCAGCUGAGGAGCGCCGUCACAAGCUGGAGAAUAUGUAUCGCUCGUUCCAUCUGAAGCGAGAGGUGGACGACCUGGAGCAGUGGAUUGCUGAGCGGGAUGUCGUGGCCUCCUCACAAGAAAUGGGACAGGAUUAUGACCAUGUCAUGCUGCUGAGGGAGAAGUUCCGGGACUUUGCGCUAGAGACAGGCAAUGUGGGGCAGGAGCGAGUAGACAAGGUGAACCUGGUCAUCGAGGAGCUGAUUGAUGCUGGUCACUCAGAGGCAGCCACCAUUGCUGAGUGGAAGGACAAUCUGAAUGAGAGCUGGGCUGACUUGCUGGAACUUAUUGACACCCGGAUGCAGCUGCUGGCCACCUCCUGUAACCUGCACAAGUACUUCUGCGAUAGCUCUGAGAUCCUAGCCCUCAUCCAGGAGAAACAGAAGGAGCUGCCUGAGGACCUGGGCCAGGACUUCAGCACAGCCGAGGCCUUCCAUCACACGCACACAGCCUUUGAUCGUGACCUCCACCCACUGGAGGAGAAGGUCCAGAAGUUUCAGGGAGUGGCAGCACAACUGCAGACAGCUUAUGCUGGGGAGAAAGCCAGUGCCAUUCAUAAGCAGGAGCGUGACGUGGUGAAGGCUUUGGACACUCUCCGGGAUGCCUGCAGGAGGCGACAGGAUCAGCUGGUGAGCACAGUAGAGAAAUUCCGCUUCUUCAGUGAAGUCUGUGACCUCUUGUCCUGGAUGCAAAACAUCAUACUGCAGAUCGAGACUCAGGAGAAGCCCAGGGAUGUCUCAUCUGUGGAGCAGCUGAUGAACUAUCACCAGGGCAUCAAGUCUGACAUAGACACCAGGAACGAGAGCUUUGCCACGUGCAUUGAGUCGGGGAAAAAACUGCUGGAGGGCAGACACCGCUCAGCUGCUGAGGUCAAAGAAAAGCUGAUGCAGCUGACAGAGAAGAGGAGGGAGAUGGCAGAAAUCUGGGACAAGCACUGGGACUUCCUUCGUAUAAGGCUAGAAACAUGCCAGUUUUCCAAGGACGCGUCAGCAGUUGAGAACUGGCUGAUCUCUCAGGAACGCUACCUAGUCAGUGAUGACUAUGGCCAGACUCUGAACAGUGUGGAGAGGCUGCUGAAAAGACAUAAGGCCUUUGAGAAAUCCACAGGUACCUGGGAUGAACGCACUGCUGCGCUGAAGAGGCUGACAACGCUGGAGUUGCUUGAGAAGCGGAAGAUCCAAGAGGAGCCUUCGCCCCGCAAAGUGACCUGGUCCAUGGACCCCACCUUUGAUUUUGAUUUUGAAGCUAUGCGAGAUGUGAGGUCUCAACAAGCUGAAGAGAACAGGAUGGGGUUAAUUUUACAAGAUGCCUCUCCCACUAUUAGCGAGGAACCAUCACUGCAGGUGCAAGAGGAGGAGAAAGCAGUGCCACCCCCAACUUCUGCAGAGGCUACAGAAGGGAAGCAGACUGACAAGAUGGUUGAAGUAGAUGGUGAAGAGACCUCUGCUAAGGACUCGUUCAAAGUUGUCCAGACACCAGCGAGUGAAAUAGAUGAAACUGCUACACUGCCAGCCCAGCUGGAUAGAUCUCACAGUGUCCAGAUGGAGGGCUACCUGGGACGCAAGCACGACCUGGAGGCUCCUAAUAAAAAGGCUUCAAACAGCAGGUCGUGGAGCACAGUGUACUGCGUGCUCAGGAACAGUGAACUGACCUUCUACAAGGAUACAAAGGGCCUGACCCUGGGCGUGCCUUAUCAUGGAGAGGAGCCCUUCACACUGAAGAAUGCCCUCUGUGAGGUGGCAGCCGAUUACAAGAAAAAAAAACAUGUUUUCAAGCUGAGGCUCAGCAAUGGCAAUGAAUGGCUCUUCCAUGGCAAGGAUGAGGAUGAGAUGCAUACAUGGCUCCAGGGCCUCAGCACAGCAAUAAUUGAAUCCCAAAGCAUUAAAGCCAAGGCCCAGAGCCUCCCUCUGCCUUCCAUCACCACCAUGGACACCAGCCUGGCUAAGAAAGAGAAAGAGAAGAGAUUUAUCUUCUUUCCCAAAAAGAAGUAGCCCCAGGGUGGCUCAGUGCAGCCUGCUCUGUUGCCAAAUAUACAGCAAGCCUAGCACAGAACAGUACAUGUAGGUGUGUCAGCGGGUGCUCUGGGCCCAGCCAGCUGCCUCUCUGCAGACACACACUCCACGCUGGAGUCCCUCUUGCUCACAUGUGCUGAACACUACCCCCCUCUGCUUAUCCACACACCCAUGUGCCCCUCUCUGAUCCCAUGCACUUCAAGGGAGAGAGCAGCAGAUGCAGCCUAAUAGCCAGCAUUGGCCAGAGCAGGUGCUUUUGCGUCUGCUGGUAUGGAGAGCUCAGCCUGGUGAAGCCUAUCUUUUGGACUACCUGUAGCACUCUGGAUCUGCCCAUAGCUCCUGGAAGAAGCACUGACUCAGCAGGCACAGGUAGUGUGGCCACCAGCAGCUCACUGCUGGGCAAGGCUGGAAACAUGGAGAAUCCCAAGCAGCAAGGGUCUGCAAGAACAUUUUCAGGGUUUUGCCUUCUUCUGUGGUUUGGGGGCAGUCUUCUCACAGGUGGAAAUCUUUCUCUGGAUCUUUUUUUUUUUUUUGGUGGGGGGAGGUUGGCUGGCUCUGGUAACCUGCUCUUCUAGCAAUAAUCAAAAAGCUGUCCAAGACAUCCCAGCUGUCAGAGGGAGCAGGGCUCAGGGCCUGCCCCCAUGCCUCUGUGGGCCAGAGAAGUUCCAGUGGUCUAGCCUGUUUCAGCUGUGGCCUCUAGGGGGUGACUGACAUCCAUCUAGGCAAGCCUGACAUUCCUUCCAGCAGGCAGGCCAUAUGCAUACAUCCAGGUACCACUACUUCAGGUGUCCACGGCUAAAGUGGGUAGCCAUUUAUACUGGGAAUCUAGUGUUAGCCUUUGCCAUCCCCAUUGGUCAGUGAUAAAGGCAUUGCUUAUGAUGUGUUAUAUGUGCUGGUUGUUUCUUGCAGACUCAGCUGACCUAAUAAGUUUUACUGCUAAUACCAGCUCUAGUUAUUCAUCUGCCUCAUAUAGAGGGCAGGUAGCUGUUAGUCCAAUGAGUCCGCUACAAGCAUGGGGGACUAUAAUAUGUCUAAGUUUGUGUGUUUCAUACACAAGCACUGACCACAUUACAGUGCACAAGGCUCCUUCCAGCCAGUCUGUACACAUUGGAAAAGCAGAACAGUAAAAUAAGGCUAGGGGACAGAACAGAUUUUGCUCUAAAUUGGGAGUGGGGAGAAUCAUUUACAGUCCAUGUGUGUCUGUGUGUGUGUCUGGGAGUGUGUGUCACCCCACAAUUCUUAAGUGUUAGAAUCACUGCAUUUUAUUGAAGAAGGCCUUGUCUGGGAUCACUCUGUUCUCAUCCUGUCUUCUGUUUCAUGCUGCCUCCCUCUGUGGGCUGCAUCGGUGUCUUUCAGGCCUCUUGCUAAUCCUCAUCUUUCUAGCAGAGCCCAAGAUAGUGUGGAGGGAGCUGCUGCCUCGUGCCUAGGAUGAGCUCCAGAGGGGGCUCUUGGUUCUAAUAUGCUAAGAAUAAGCAACUCCCUGGGGAUGGGUGGGGAGAGCACCCCUUGGCUUCGACACCAGGGAGGCAAUAACCCCACAUGGAUCUGGGCCCCCAAACAAAUGAUCAAGCUUCAGAGUGCCUGUGUGUUGAACAGGGGCCAGUGAUGGCAGAGGGAAGGCUGGAGUCACGAGUCCUGCCUCCCAUCCUCUGGGACAGGCAGAACUCCAGAACUGUAAACUUCUAUCCUGCAUUUAGUGGAGUGCAGCUUACAGUGGCUUCAGUAAUCAGCAGCAAACCCAGAUCUCAGGACCAGUAGGGUGCAGGCUGUUGAGCUUAGGCAUCACUGGCUAUGGGGAGGAGGGUUGGGGAACAGCAGCCCUGCAGAAAUCCUCCUGCUGCAGCCACUAGCUUUAGACUUCUUCCAAAGGCCACUCCAGGAUUCCCAAAGAGAUGUCAGAAAAGGAGGAGCCUGAGGCCAGCAUCCUUGCUUUGUGCUUGUCCACCUGCCUGGAGGAAGUGCCAAGCUUGCUUUCCAUAGCAGCCUUCAGCCAAGCAGACCUUCCAGAAGUCACUUAGGCUCCCUGUAGGCUAAGUCUCAGCCAGCUGCCAUGCUCUGUUUUGCAUGCUCAUUUGCCAUGGCAGUAAGUGUCAACCAUGCCCAGAUGGCACCUCAGACCAGAGUACCCCCAACUCGUCCCCUGGAUCUGACCCAAAACUCAUGUCCCCAGGACUGGGACAUACUCUACCCAGCACUUCUCAACCCAUGGGUUGUGACCCAUAAGUGGGUUGCAAGAAUAUAUGAAAGGUUCACAAACUUUAAAAAUGGAUUUUCUUGUAAAGGAGAAAAAUGUGGGAAACCAUGGCUUUUCCUUUGCAGGCUGGCAGAGUUCCAGCCUGUUGGGGGUUACUUGGCAUCCCCCCGCCCCAUACCUCCCCCUCGCCCCAUACAAUGGGGAUCUGAGGCUGGGGGAGUGGGGCAGCAGGUCAGGACUGGCCAUUGAUGUUUACAAAUGGAUCCUGAUACAAAAAAGGUUGAGAACCACUGCUCUAUCCAACCCAGAGAUGCAGUUGUGUCCCCAGAAGACCACCUAUGCUUGGAGCUCUCAGCCUCAACAUCAGUGGUACCUUUCCCCAGCAGGGGCUGUCUGAGGUGGCCUGACAGUGGUACCAGCUAUUGCUAUCCAUAGUAAGAGAGCUGUCCCGCACAAAAUACAGCCUAGCUAGCCAUGCAAGGGCAUGAACUUCCAUUCACACCCAGGCCCAAUGGAGACAAACUGAAGCCUAGACUUGCUGGCCCCUAAUACAGCCUGCAGGUUGCAAUCAGCAGGUUUCACAACAAUGAAGCCUAAUGUGUAGAGAGAUGGGAGCAAGGCUGACUUCAUAGCAGCUUGACCAACAGAAUUCAGACCCCCAGAGGAAAUGUCAUUUCCAGGGUUAUUUAUAGCUGUUUCCUCCCCUCACAUUUACUCUCUGCCCCUGUAGGAUGAAUGAAAGAGAAACUGAUUCUUUACCCCUCUGUACCAGCACAUGCUUUCUCAGACAGUAUGGGGAUCCUCAGAGAGUUUAAAGAUGCAAAAAUAAAACUGGUUCCCAUUGGAUCUUUCUGGAUCUCUUGUAACCCAGUGUGUUUGUCCAAAUUUCCCACGCCACUGUUGUAUUUUGUAAGCCUUAAACGGUUGAGCUGUACCACAGUCUGACACCUGCAAGAACCAUAGGGCUUUCAUGAGAUAGAAAUCAGGACAUGGAGCAAGAGUGUGUGUGUGUGUGUGUGUGUGUGUGUGAGAGAGAGAGAGAGAGAGAGAGAGAGAGAAGACUUCUUUGAAUUUGCUGAGGCACACAAAUGCUACAAACUGGGUGCAUUUACACAUUCAUUACUGCCCAGUAGUUACUGCAAAUUUAAUUUCUUACUUGGAUAAUCAAGUACUAAAUAAAUGUACACUAAGUAGAGUUACUGCGCAGCAGGACUGGCGAAUGCCUUUUUAGUGACGCUACUAUGCAGUAGCCUAAUAAUACUGCACAGUAGCAUAUUAGCAUGGUUUGUGCUGUUUUGCGCUACUGCUCAGUGUUAUUAGCAAGGAGCCUGGUUUUCUCUGAUUAAAUAAAUCCCCAAUUUUUAGAUUUAAAAAAGUAACCCCAAAUCCACAGUUUUCCAUGAUUAAAAUGAAACACCACUAUAUAUAUAUAUAAUAUAUAUAUUAUAGUUUUUUAAAUCCAAAAUUUGGGCAAUUUUUUAUUAGAGAAAACCAGGAUCCCUGGUUAUUAGGCUACUGCACAUUAAGUAUCUUGUGUAGAUGUGCCCACUGUUUCCAGGGACUGACACUGCAAUGCUAGAUUGACACCCGGACCGCCUCCCACCAUCCGUUUGGCAGCUCUACUGAGCAUGGCCGCCUGUGGCAUGGGGCAGCCUGAAUUCUACGCCCAUCCUACACCCAAGGAAACCACUGGGUUUCCCUGCCCCUUCGGGGUACUUCCCCUCCAUCCAUCCUGCCUGCUGUCAGCACAGCUUCUGAAUAUAGUUCUCCCCCUCUCUUUCUCUGUGCUCUGAUGCUGCCUGGGAGUGUUACAUUUGUCAGUCAUCCAUGUUUUCAUCCACCCAUGAAAAAGGCCAUUUCCAAUGGCUUCCAGCACCAUCACAGCUGUUAUUGUCCUACUCCUUGAGAAAAAUGAAGUCCAUCUCAGCAAGAUCUCUGCCCUACUGGCUGCUCCCCCAGCACACACAGCACUCCCAGGCAGGCCCCUCACAGUACUGCUCAGCAGUUGGAGGAGGAGCACCCAGGCACAGCACCCAGGCAGCUCCUACCAGGUGUGUGGGGUCACUGUUGAGGCCCAUGUGGCUAGUUCCUGACAGCUGGGCCCUGUGGUGAGCCUGCUUGGACAUAUUUCCACAGUGCAUAGAAUGAGCUGAAUCUCCAGAGAGAGCUUUGGAAGCUGUUGAUUCAUGUUUUCUUUCCUUUUUUUUCUAAUAAAGAAACAAACCAAAAUGCUG